ACGAGGCAACAACGCGCCUAAAACAGAUACGGUGGAUCACUUAACGAAAUUCGAAAUUCUUUAACACUUUGUAUUGCGAGCGUCUAGAUCAAACGAAGUAUCUGAUAUGCAACAUUCACAUGUUUGUACAUACAUACACACAUAUAUAGCUUAGGGAUGUUAGCUAAGUGAACGCAGUGGCACCAAAAAGGUGUGAAAAAGUGAAAAUUUUAAAAAUGAAAAAAUUUAAAAGUGAAUGCAAAUAAAAAGAGAAUUAAAUAAAAUACCACAGAUUCAUCUGUACACUGCACGAGUACUCCAGUAUUUCCGGCUCCCUCUUCUUGUCAAGAACUAAAAAUGCAAACACUAUUUGCUCUUGUUGCGUUAAUUUGCUUCAGACUGCAAAUUGCCCAACCGUUAGCCACCAGCUAUGAUUACGAUAUACAGCGUGGUGAAGAAUUUGCAGAUUCUGAAAAUCUAGUUCACCAGAAUCCUGAACGCCAUGGGACAUCGCAUUUUCGACCAUCACACAGCAUUAGGCAUAAGCAGCACUUUGGAAUUAAUAACACAGAAACUGCUAAAGAAUUACCAACACCAGUGUCAAAUGCAGGCACAACUGAAAAUUCAAAUUUUCAUCAGCAUUUACACCAUCAACAUCAGAAUAAACACGAACAUUCUAAAUCGGGAUUGCAAAUAGAACUGAAUAAUCGUCUUCAUCGGCAUUCCAACAGCCAUAAUCAGCAACGACAUCAGGAGCAUAAUUCGAUACAUACUCAAGGCUCCUACACUCGUACGCGUCACAAGAUCGCUUCCAAGCCUAUGAAUGCAAUGACGGCAGAUAACAACACAAUAACCACUGCUGAAGACUUUAAAAAUACAGCCGGCACAAUGGGUUUGGUUAAGCCGACUUCACAUCCUACACAUGUGACAACAAACUCGGCAAACACAAUUACCCUUGAUGAGGCGAACAAAAGUAUGCAAAAUGUUUACCACCAACCGGUGAUACGGCAGCAGCAGCACAAGCAACACAGGCAGAAACUGCAUCACAAUCAUCAAAUGCAGCCAAAAUCAAAUUCAAGUGAAACGAAAAUUACUAUGCCAUCAGUUAAUGAAAUUCAACCGAACUUGUCUGCAAAUUCGGAACAGUUUCGCCAGAAUGAAAAGGUAGUGGCGCUGCGGUCUGUGGGUUAUCUACUCUCAAGUAGCCACAUCAAAGAAGGUACUGGUAGUAACGUCACGGCCUCAGUAUCAGUAGGCGGUAGUACGGAGAAUAUUGCCGGCCCAGCCUCAGAAUCGAAUAGUGGUCUCUCGGCAGCGGACGACAGCAAUGAAAGAGGAACCGUGUAUAUGGACGAUGAAACUGAGUAUUAUGAUUACACCGGUGAUGAUGAGCCAAAUACUGAUCAGCACGACUACCAACACGUACCUACUGCGGCCGACAUUGGCUACGAUUAUGACAGCGGCAUUGACGGCGAUGAUGCCGAGUGGCACGUUAAUGCCGCAAACAAUUUAAAGACCGAUCAUCAUCAGCAUUUACAGCUCUACCAAGAGCAAAGGCGGCAGCAAUGGUACCGGCAACAGCAGAAGCAACCACAAAAUGAUCAAGGUGAACACUCCCGGGUGCCACGCGAUCAUCAGCGGGUGCAAUCGCAGCAGUUUCACAACAACCAUUUAUAUGACGCACACUCAGAUGAUGAGUAUCCCGACGACGAGCCUUAUAGAGACUCAAGUGAACAAUUUUCAAACCGGCCCGGUGAUUUAACGUCUCAAAAAUUUCGUGAAUUGGGUACCAUGCCAGAUGUGCAACAAUCUCAUCAUUUAUAUACGCAACGCCACAAAACACCUUUCGACUUGGCCACUGACCAUAUAAACCGCAUGAAAGUGGAGGCCAGAUGCAACCGCCCGCUUAAGCGUGUAUUUCACGUUUCCAAUGACACAUCCAAGACUUAUGUGCCCUCCUGCACCAUUUUGCAUCGUUGUGGCGAGGAUACGGGUUGCUGCCGCUCCAUGGGUCAAGUGUGCACUGUCAAGACGUACGAGGAUGUGCCAGUCUAUUUUAUUGUUAUUCAAGUAAACUCCAGUAAGUCUCGGCGUCAAAGAGAAGUAGAAAUUUUAUGGCUACGCAACGACACUGAAUGCCACUGCAUAAAUCGUACAGAUUUGACCUCCACUCCAGAGUUCAUCACCCGGGACAAGCGUUCUGGUUUCACUUUUAGACGCCGAAGACCGCCGUACUUCGACGCUAUGGAUUCACAAAGCAAUCAGCUGGAAGAUCGCAGUGACACUGAAGAGAAUACUGAAAAUUAUCCAGAUGACGUUUGUCACUGCCCUACGCAUUUUAACGUAUUUCAACAGGAUAUUGAAUUGCAAUCGGUUCAACAGCACCACGAACAACAUUCUCAUGGUGCUCCCACAGUGAAUUGCUUCUGUGACUGUGCAAAUAAAAAUACACCAUGUCAGCGUCUCAAAAAUGGUGAAGAAGGUUUCGCAAUGGACGAUCGCAGAUGUAUUGCGAAAGGGACUUGUAGUGUGCCCAAUUGCCACUUUGGCACCUAUAAUGAACAAAUGGGCCGAUGCCCCCGUCCAAGCAGGAAGCAUAAACGGCACAACAAUGGGUUCGGUUAAGCUAUAAAUAGUAGUUAAAGUUAGAUAAUAUUUUACUUUAAAUAUAUUUAUACAUGUAGUUUUUGCGAAAUUUUGUACAUACAAAUAGUUUUAUAACUUAAUGCAUUUAACAUUAUCAUUUAAGAAAAAGUUUAAAUUGUACAAUAUUACGAGACCAGUUUCCUUAUGUAUGUAUUUGCUUUCACCGACUGAAAUGUAAAGCAAUUAUAAAUUAAUAUAUGGUAAAUCCCUCGCUGUGUAUAAUUUGAUACAAUUUACUCAAGUAAACACAUCAUAAAAUAAUACAAUACAAAUUUUUAUUAGAAUGUAUAUGUAUGUAUUGUAUGUGGAUCGAUUUUAACUACAAAUAUGAAUUUUAUAUUUAUUCAAUAGCUCAUAAGAUAACAAUCUAAAAUAAUUUUUAUGAAAAGUCAGAAAGUAAAUAGUAAUAUGGAAAACUUUAUUAGUGUUUGCUUUAUUAAGUUAAUGACGAUACAGGGUUUGAUUGAAAAGUAAUCAGCCUUAUUUUUUUAAGCAGUUUUAUUAAACCUUUUGGCUUAUACAACUAAUAUUUUUCAAAAUAGGACCCUUGAGCGUCAAUACACCGCUUGUAGCGAUCCUUCCACUGCAGGAAACAUUUUUUAAACUCAUCCGCCUUAAUCGCGUUCAAUUCGGCUGUCAUAGUUUUUUGGAUAGCCUCGAUGGAGUCGAAACACCUCCCCUUCAGCUUUCUUUUCAGGCGCGGGAACAAGAAGAAGUCCGUAAGGGACAGGUCUGGGCUGUAGGGAGGGUGGGGAAGCACCGGAACCCCCAUCUUGGCCAAUGCAGAGGUGCAGAGGAAGGAGGUGUGCGCCGGCGCAUUGUCGUGAUGAAGGGCCCAGUUGUUGACGAGGUCGGACCGAACCCGGGCGACGUGGUUUUUCAGCCGAAGGAGCACUUCUUUGUAAAACACCGCGUUUACAGUGCUUCCUGGAGGUACAGUGCUUCGACGUCCUCCCGGCCUUCCUUGAACGACUUGUGCCACCGUUUUACCUGGGCACUGGACAGAGAUUGGUCCCCGUAAGCCUCCUUGGGUAGCUCAAGGGUUUCGGUACUCGUUUUGUUUAGCUUUACGCAAAAUUUGAUCGAGUAACGUUGCUCCAACGAUCAUUUUCCCCCACCAGCCGAUUCGGUUGAUUGCUUGGCAGACGCUCCGCGCGGGAAGGCUCAUUACUUUUCAAUCAAACCCUGUAUGUCUAUUGAUUUCAAAACUGCAUCCAGAAGAUAGGCGUUCAAUUAUUCGCUUUAUGUAUGUCUCAUGCAGUUCAUAUGUGACCGUUUAUGCAUUAUUGUUGUAAUUCGAAUUAUAUAAUCCCAUAUAAAGUCCCAGCUAUUCUACACUCAAAUACUAUAACCGGUUAUU